AUGGACGUCGUCGCGGAACCUUGGAAGAUCUACCAGCUAGACCUCGUGAGUUUUGGACACGAAAGCGACGGGGUUGGCAACCGCGGCCUGGUAACACCGGCCACCGGGGUCCCCUCGCUCCCUGUCGGGACCGUUACGAUUCUCUGCGUCGACGGCUCCGUGGUGACCAGGAAAGCCUGCGACCUCAACGUCCUCGACAGAAGCUGCUUCUACCCUGGUGAGGUCGUCGCCUCCGCGUCGGACCCCGGCGCGCUCUGCCUGGAUGACUACGUCGUGUCCGGGCCGUGGCUUGGCCGGGUCAUCGAGGUGUCCACUGAUGUCUACGUGCUAUUCGACGACGGCGCCAUGUGCAAGGUCGCCAACGCGGAGUCCACGAUGCUACGAUCAGUGGCCAAGGCCGAUGCCCAUUACCGCCCUGAGAUGAAUAUCCCGUUUUACCCGGGGCAGCGGGUGACCGGCGACCCAUGUGCCGUCUUCAAGGCCUCCCGGUGGCUCAAUGGCCAUUGGAGGCCGGACCGUAUAGUAGGCACCGUCACCAAGCUCGAGAUGUCGGGCGUCCUCGUUUACUGGAUCGCGUCGGCGCACGGCGGCACCGGGCAACAGCACGUUCAGGAGUUUGCUCCCCCGGCCUAUCAGAACCCUGGCAGUCUGACAUUCUUUUGCUCCGCGUCUGAUUGCACCUGGGCCGUAGCCGACAUGUGCUUCCUUCGGAAAAACAGUGACUCACUUCACGCCGCCGGCGAGACCAACAACAAGGGUGCUGGCGAUGGCAAUCACCAGGGGGAUCAGCCCGUCGCAUGUUCAGACGACGAAUAUGACACGACAGAAGAAGAUGAGCGGGAAUCGCCUACAGUCCUGACAAAGCAGCAGCAGGAGACGAGGUUUUACCGGAAGCAGCUAAGGAAGGAAUACUUCCAUGGGCAGAGGAGGACACGAUGCCUGGAUGUCGGGAGGCAUGUGGAGUUGGACCAACUGCCCAUGAGCGUUGCUAGCACACGCAGCACCGUCGACGUGCUGUGGCAGGACGGCACACGGCAGCUUGGUGCACCAUCGACGUCCGUCGUCCCCUUCAGGAUCGUGAACGAGCAAGAGUUUCUCCCAGGGCAGUAUGUUGUCGACAACGCCUUUCCCGCGCCAAAUGUCCAUGUCGAUGCUGCCACCGGUGUUGCUGGCGACGACGACGGCUCGGGAGCAUCAACUAGUGUCAAAGCUGCUGCCGAUGGUGGUACCGAACUGACGAGGCGUGUGGGCUUUGUCAGAAGCCUGAAUUGCAAGGACCAGAUGGUGCACGUCUCGUGGUUCAAAGCGGCGUCGCGCCCCGGCCAAGCAAGAGAGAUCGACUGCAACGAUACCGUGAGCGCUUACAACCUAGAAAGGGAACCUGACCACUAUGCUUACUAUGGAGAUGUCGUUGUUCGUCUGGUACCAUCAGGACCAACCGACAGCCCAAUUGCACCGCCGUCACAGGGCAACAGUAAGAAGAAAGCCGCCGUCGUGGCCACCACCGAUCUUUCAUGGGUCGGGCGUGUGGUAGACCUUCCUGAUGGCCUUGUCCAAGUCAAGUGGGGUGAUGGUACCACGUCAACGGUAUGUAUAUUUCAGGUGUUUCCUUACGAGAUCUGUGUCGUCAGCAAACAGAACUACGAGGAACUAGAGGCUGAAAUGGGCGAUUGGGUGGAGGACGACGGCAUUGAUCCACCCCAAGAACCGGCUACCGACAACACGGAAAAUCAUCCACAAAACCUAACUCACGAUGGCAACGUCAAUGGCAACGAGGAUCAUGCGGAUGGAGAUGGCCCUGCCGCGAUAACAACAGGCCGGCUAGGUUCUGCCGGCCGGUUUGUGAUCGGAUGGGCAAGCAAUGUGUUAGCUCGAGGUAAUAGUUAUCUAGCGGAUUGGUCUUCAUGGCCGUUAUCAAGCUCCAAGUUAUAUGCAGCCGCGGAAAAUGUGGCAACGCCCGAGACAGUACCGGGUGGUGGUGGCGGUCCUAGCAAUGAAGCUGCAAUGGAGGUCACCGACGUGGUUGUGGCAAGCGGCGAUUCUGUCAGUGAGGGAAAGGAGACUGCAGAUGCUAACGUCAAUGAGGAGCCGUUAUGUGCUCCGCGUUUUGAUAUAGUACGAGAUAGCCCUCCGGAUCACCAUUACCUUGACACCGCGGCCCAGGACGCCUACUGCGAAAGGAGGUGGGUCAAGAUAGUGCAGAGAGAGUGGAAAAUACUAGAAAACAACUUACCAGAUACCAUCUACGUGCGAGCAUUUGAGGACCGCAUAGAUCUGCUCCGGGCUGUCAUGGUGGGCGCUAGAGAAACACCAUACCACGAUGGGCUCUUCUUCUUCGACUUGCAGCUGCCACCGUCCUACCCGGCCGCACCGCCAUAUGUGUACUAUCACUCGUUCGGUUUCCGUCUCAAUCCUAAUCUAUACGCCUCCGGCACGGUGUGCCUCAGCCUUCUCAACACCUUUGGCGGCGAGGGCACAGAGAUCUGGUCACCGGUGACGUCGACCCUGCUACAAGUUCUUGUCUCCAUCCAGGGCCUCGUCCUCAACAACCAGCCCUACUACAAUGAGGCUGGGUAUGAAGCUCUGGUCGGCAUGCCCGAGGGCUUCCGCAAUGCAUUGCCUUACAACGAGAAUGCCUACGUACUCACCCUACGGACUAUGCUCCACCUACUACGCCGACCACCUUUGGGGUUUGAGGAGUUUGUGAAGGACCACUUCCGCCACCGAGGGAGGUUAAUACUGAGGGCAUGCGAGGCAUAUCUUCAAGGAUGCGAAAUUGGAACGCUUUGUAGCGAGGCUUGUGCCACAAAGAGGAGCAGCGAGCGGUCGUGCUCAGCUGGGUUAAGGUUAACGCUCGCCAAUCUGGUGCCAAGGCUCGUUACGACAUUUGCGGAGAUCGGUACCGAGGAAUGUGUGUAA